AACGUGUGCGUUCAGAAAAACCUUACGUUGAGUGCUUUAAACGUAUUUAUAAUGAAGCGAAACCCACCGCGCGAAAAAUAUCUCAGAAAUCAAGAAGUCAGCGGGAUUAUGUUAGCGCGCGUUAGGUGUGAGCAUGUUGUCGACGUUUCGCGUUCUGAGGCGCGUAUCUGUUCGACUAGCGCUGACACCGCGCUAUGAAUCAGUCAGUCAGUGGAGCGGUCGAGAGCCAGUCAGUCAAGAUGAUCCGGUGGUGUACGCGCUCAUGCAGAAAGAGAAAGACAGACAAGUAGCGGGACUAGAGCUAGUCGCAUCAGAGAACUUUGCAAGUCGUGCUGCCCUCGAGCCGAUGGCGUCUUGUUUCAACAACAAAUACUCUGAAGGUUACCCAGGACAACGAUACUAUGGUGGGAAUGAGGUUGUUGACGAGUUGGAAAAACUUUGUCAAAAGAGGGCACUAGAAGCCUUUCGUCUCAACCCUGAAAAAUGGGGAGUAAACGUUCAGCCAUAUUCUGGGUCUCCUGCUAACUUUGCUGUUUACACAGCAUUGUUACAGCCACAUGAUCGAAUCAUGGGACUCGAUCUACCGGAUGGUGGACACUUGACUCAUGGCUUUAUGACUGACAUGCGAAGAGUGUCAGCAACGUCGAUCUACUUUGAGUCAAUGCCAUACAGGAUUAAUUCAGAAACUGGCAUUAUUGACUACGACAAACUACACGAGACGGCCCGUCUGUUUCGUCCAAAAUUGAUCAUUGCAGGCACAAGUGCUUAUGCUCGACUCAUCGACUACAAACGCAUGCGAGACACUUGUGAUGAAGUGAAGGCAUAUCUAAUGGCUGAUAUGGCACACAUUGCAGGCCUAGUGGCUGCUAAUGUCAUUCCCAGUCCAUUUGAUUAUGCUGAUGUCGUUACAACAACAACACAUAAAACACUGAGAGGACCACGUAGUGCAAUGAUCUUCUAUAGAAUAGGAAUUAAAGGACACGACAAGAAAGGCAACGAAGUGAAGUAUAACUUGGAGCGUCCCAUUAACAGUGCCGUCUUUCCUGGUCUACAAGGAGGUCCUCACAACCACACAAUAGCCGGUGUAGCAGUUGCUCUAAGACAGGCAGCUACUCCAAUGUUUCGUGAGUAUCAACAGCAGGUGUUGGCAAACGCAAACGUGAUGGCAAAGUGUCUAUUGGACAAAGGGUAUGCUGUUGUGUCGGGUGGAACGGAGACUCAUUUGGUGUUACUGGAUCUCAGGCCAAAGGGUAUUGAUGGAGCUCGUAUUGACUUUGUAAUGGAACAAUGCAACAUCACAGCAAACAAAAAUACUUGUCCUGGUGACAAGAGUGCCGUCACUCCAGGUGGGUUGAGACUUGGUGCUCCUGCCCUCACUACUCGCGGUUUCAAAGAAUCCGAUUUUGAGAAGGUUGUAGAGUUUAUUGAUUUGGCUGUGAAGAUUGGUCUAGAAGCCUACAAAACAGCAGGUGCAACUGUCAAAGAAUUCAAAGAUUUUGUAAAGACGGAUGGUUCAACACAAGAGAAGAUACAAUCUUUGAAGUCUGAUGUGGAAAAGUUCUCUCGAACAUUUCCAAUGCCCGGUUUAGAUGAUCGAUAAAAUGGAAAUGUGUCAAUGAUGGACUAGAAAUGUGACCAUGUACACAGCAAACAUUGAUUUGUUGCUAGGCCUGAUUGCAGUGUUUAAUAUUUAUCAUUUGUGUUCUUAUAUACCUUUCCCUGGGUGUAUGCAGAUGAGACUGGUGACAUGA